AUGCCUACUAUUCAUAGUAGUUUGACAAACAGUACCUUGGAAAGCGAGAAAGAGAUUGACAAGGAACAAAAUGAGCCAUAUUCUAUAUUUUCGAUACCACAACAAGUCGUUCUUUUGGGCAUCACAGCAUUCACUGCCAUGAUAUCCCCUUUGACAGCCAAUAUUUAUUUACCCGCGUUAAAUCAGAUUGAACAAAGCUUUAAUAUAAGCACAGAGCAAGUAAACCUGACAAUUACUGUUUACAUGAUCUUCCAGGCAAUAUCACCUACCUUUUGGGGAACAUUAGCAGAUAGCAUAGGCAGACGUCCUAUUCUCAUGAGUACCAUGACUGUAUAUUGUGGUGCCUGUAUUGGAUUAGCAUUGGCACCCAACUAUGCCUCUCUUAUGAUAUUUAGAAUGCUCCAAGCUUUUGGAUCAAGCUCCGUCAUUGCUGUUGGCGCUGGUGUUCUCGGAGAUAUCGCUGAUAGUAAAAAACGUGGAUCUUAUUUUGGUGUAUAUUCCAUUGGUCAAUUAUCAGGACCAGUAUAUGGCCCGGUUGUGGGAGGCGCUAUUGCUCAAAACCUAGGCUGGCGGUGGAUCUUUUGGAUCCUACUGAUCAUCAGCGCGACUUCCUUGGUAGCUGUUGGUCUUUUUGUGCCCGAAACGCUACGUAGCUUGGUUGGAAAUGGAUCUGGGUAUGCCAAUCCUACACCCUGGCAAUGGAUUGCUCGUAGACGAGGAAACCUCGAUGAGAGGCGCAUACAGGAAAUCAAAGAAAGAAAUCCAAAAAGGACUAGAAUGAAUUUCUUGAAACCCUUCAUGUACUUGCUAGAACCCGAUGUACUUGUCACUCUUUUAUACAAUGGUCUUCAUUACACUGGCAUUUAUUGCUCCUUGGCUUCGAUGACAAAGCAGUUCAGUAUUCACUUUCCAUUUUUAUCCGAAACGAAUAUUGGUCUUUGUUACCUCAGUCAAGGCUGUGGUUCAAUCCUUGGAUCAUAUACACGAGGCAAAAUCUUGGAUUACGACUACAAAAAAGUUAGAAACGCGUUCAGAGAGAAACAUCCAGACAGGCCGGAAUGGGACAUGCCUAUCUUCAAGGCACGUUUUAGAACAAUUUAUGUGAACGUUGUCAUGUGUGAGGUCAUUACGAUAUUUUAUGGCUGGUGCUUCGAGUGGAACGCACAUCUUGCUGUUAUAUUAGUGCUUCAAUUCUUUGUUGGUUUUGGCACAGGUGGCAUUAUGGCUACUACUCAGACGUUAUUGAUUGACUUGUUUCCUGGCAAAGGUGCAUCAAUUACUGCCACAAAUAACUUGGUUCGUUGUAUAUUGGGAGCUAUUGCAACGGUUUGUAUUGAUCCAGGUAUUAGUGGCAUCGGAAUGGGUUGGAUGUUUACUAUUGUGGGCUUGAUACUAGUUAUAUCCAAUAUUUGUAUACUCGUCUUAUUUAUAUAUGGACCAGCUUGGAGAAGAAAUCGUAUUGACAGACAGCUGAUGAAGGAAAAAGAGAAAAUGCAAGCAUAA